GAGCCGUGCCAACUUAUCCGAUCCGUUCUGCGGCUUUUAGAGCUGCAGAAAGGGGUAGUGGGGGGAAAAGGCCAUCUUUCUCACCCUCUCCCUUCUCAAUGAACAAAAGCCUUAGGUUUCCCAGGACCAAUACACUAAACCAAGCCAAGCCCGUUCCAGUCCCGGGAGGGCUUCCUUGCAACGCUCAAGCCAUAGCCGCUGCAUGGCUUUUCGUGUCUCCCCUCCUGCGCCUUUGGGGCUUUGACUUUUGAUCCUUAACAAAACGGGAGGUGGGCGCGGUGGAGAGAUCGGAAGCCGGGGAAAGCAUGGAUUUUCGAGGCAAGAAGUACGAGCGGGGCACUAACUGGUCGGAUCCCGAGGUGGUGGAGCUUCUGCAGCUGUGGGCUGACGAGUCGGUGCAGGCGGAGCUGGAGAGCUGCCUGCGGAACCAGCACGUCUUCAACCGGAUCGCUGAAGUGCUGCGCGAGAAGGGCAUCCACCGUACCGGCGACCAGUGCCGGGAGAAGAUCAAGAAAAUGAAGCUGGAAUACCGCCGCAUCAAGGACAACAACAAGGCUCCGCGCGGGGGCAGGACGUGGAAGUUCUACGAGGUGAUGGACCGCGUCCUGGCCAGCCGUCCUCCGCUCGUCUAUAGCGCCACUGGCAACGGCAACGGCAGCUACGUGUUGACGCAGCAAGGGCUCCCGGGUGGGGUGGUGGAAGGCUACCAUCCCCAUUUGGGCCCUUCUUCGGCGCUGACCUUCCCACCCUCUCAGCCCCCCGAGCAGAUGGAGAUCAAAUGCGAGGAGGUGGAUUCAGAAGACCAGUGCUUGAUGCCUGAGCCUCUGCCUUCUCUCACUACUUACCAGCCUGGGGGCUCUGCUGAGGAGCAGGAGAUAGACAGGGCCUUCCUGGAGAGGUCCCAGCCUGACUCACCCAUCUCCAGGGUGGAGAUCCCCAUUGAGACCACUGUCUCCCUCUCAGGUUUCAGGGAACCUACUGCAGUUUCUUCAUCCCGGAUCCAGAGUCUAGGGGCUUGGCCUGGUUUUUCUACUUUGCACCGCUUGAGGAAGAAAAGGAAAGGCCAGCGGUUAAAAGACCCUAUGGAUGCCCUGCUGUUGAAGACUUUAUCUGCCCAGCGGGAAAUGGAGGAGCGCUUUCUGCAGAUGGAGGAACGUCGCCUCCAGCGAGAUGUGGAAGUGGAGGAGCGCCGAAUCCAACUGGAGCAGCGACGCUUUGAAUUGGAACGGGACCAUGACUUCCGUAUGUUCAAUGUCUUUGCCCAAAUGCUAAACGUCUUAAAGCAGGGCAAUCAGGGCUCUUGUGCAACUGGAGUAGCUCCGAAUGUAGACCUUCACCCAACAGUCUCCAAUUCCACAGAAAUAGGAGAACGGCUGUCAGAAGAAGCCAAGGCCCCCCAGUUAGAGCAAACCAGAUCGGAUAGUGCAACUAAGGUGUUGCAUUCCUACCAUGAUGCUGAUUUUCAAAACAGCCCUUACCUCUCUGUCCGAGGCAAUAUGGCAAUUGCUUCGAUGUUCUCAGAAGAGGUUUACCAGCUCUACCAUGCUGACAAGUAUGAUGAGGACAAAAACCCCAGUGGCAUCAUUGAUUGGGCUAUCAGUGAGAACAAACUCUGCUUUGAUCUAAUGUCCAAAAAGCUGGCCCAAAGUGCUGUGAACCUCACAGAUCCUUCCCUGCUGCAAUACCCUGAUUGGAGGGGCCAUAUGUUUGUGCGAGAAGAAGUGGCUCGAUUUUUGACUUAUUACAGCAAAGCCCCUGCACCUCUCAAAGCAGAAAAUGUGAUUCUGCAGAAUGGCUGUGGAUCUUUGUUUUCUUCUUUGGCUAUGGUUCUCUGUGAUGCAGGAGAAGCGUUCCUGAUUGCUACUCCGUUCUAUGGAGGAAUCAUCAAAGAUGUGAGCAAGUAUGGCAGGGUCAAGCUGGUUUAUGCCUAUUUAGAUAGCCAGGUCACUGGCAGUUGCACUCGUCCAUUCCAGCUUACAGUGGAUAAGCUAAAGAAAGCCUUGCAGGAUGCACAAUCAGAGGGCAUCAAAGUAAGGGCUUUAAUUCUCCUGAAUCCACAGAAUCCCCUAGGGGAUAUCUAUUCUCUCACAGACUUACAGGACUACUUGGAAUUUGCAAAAAGACAUGAGUUGCAUGUGAUUGUUGAUGAAGUCUAUAUGCUCUCAGUUUUUGAUGACUCUGCCACAUUUCACAGUAUACUGGAAAUGGAGAGAUUGCCUGAUCCACAAAGGACCCAUUUGUUGUGGGGGAUUGGUAAGGAUUUUGCUGUGUCUGGAAUCCGGUUUGGUGCCUUGUACACACUAAACCAAGAUGUUAUCAAAGCUGUGUCUUCUUUUAGUUACUUUCAUGGUAUCUCUGGGCCCAUACAAUACCAAAUUGCUGAGCUACUCAAAGACAGAGAUUGGAUCAACCAAGUAUACUUACCCGCAAACCAUGAGAGAUUGAAAGCUGCACACACUUUUGUGACAGAUGAACUCAAGACCCUUGGAAUUCCCUUCCUCAACCGCAGUGCAGGUUUUUUUAUAUGGAUUGACUUCCAAAAGUAUUUAAGAAAAAGAACAUUUGAAGAGGAGAUGCUACUGUGGAGACGCUUCCUGGACAAAAAGGUCUUACUCGCUCCUGGUAUCUUAUUUGAGUGCAAUGAGCCUGGCUGGUUCCGCAUCAUCUUUUCUGAUAAGAUGAAUCGACUGCGGCUAGGGAUGCAGAGACUGUGUGAAGUACUAGAAGAACAAGAACGUGAAAUCCUGAAUGAAGACAAAGAUCUGUUGUGUCUGUCUGAAUCAGAAGGCACAGUAGACAGCACAGAUGAAGUGAUCUUUGUGUCCCACCACCAGGAAUCAACUUCCUCUGGGAAUUCCACCCUUGGCGAUCUAAUUGGUCUCCUUCAGCAACAAAUGCGCUCAUCUGACUGGUUGCAGAAAAAUACAGUGGAGCAGUUUGCACAAGAGAAACCAGAAGUCUAUGAUGUUUUCAGCAAGUUAGUGGGGAAGAAAUAGCAUUGAUGCGUUCUUCCAGAGGCUAUCAAUCAAUUUUGUCUUUUAAAUUACUUAUUGAUAUUUUUUUUCUAUCUACUAGGAAACCAUUUAUUUCUUUUCAGCCUUCUCAUUAUUAUGAUGGAUAGGGCUCAACUAGCAAGGGGUUGGCAUCUCUGCAGUCUCUAACCUCUGUAUUAUCUUUUUUUUAAAUAAGUAGACUUGUCUCUUAAGCAUUUUUAUAUUUUUAUAAAGGUUUUUUUCCCAGCUGAACAGAUAGUUUUCAAAGAAUUGAUAUGCCUUUAGCUGAAACCCAGAACACAACUAAUUUGAAUCUAAAUUACACAUUUUGCAAAGUAAUUAAAAAAAGUUAGAGGCAGAUUUAAAUGUAUUCGUACUCUUAAAGAAAGUCAUGGAUCUCAUCUGUACCAUUGGGGGAAGAUUUAUUAAUGAAGUUGAGGAUUCUCAAGGCUAGAAAACAUGUCACAUUUCCUCUCUCUUUACUGUUAAAGGGAGAGGAGGAGACCCUAGAGCUGUGAUGGUGAACCUAUGGCAUGCAGAGCCCUAUCUGCGGGCACAUGAGCCGUCAUCCCAGCUCACUUCCGCUGCGCAUGCGUGUGCAUCUCCGUUCAGCCACCUGAUUUUCGGGUAACUGCCAUGCAUGCAGGAGAUGCGCACACAUGUGUGGGACACACACGGGGUCACGUGCACAUGCACGGGGGUGGUAUGCACUUGGGGAGUUGCAUGCACAUCCAUGGGGCGGGCCCCCCAUGCACAUUGCAUUAUGAAUGUGCGCGUGCACAUAUGCCCUUUCGGCACUCAGCGCCAAAGAGGUUAGCCAUCACUGCCCUAGAGUCAUCCCCUCCCUGUAGUUCGUCUCCUGUCAGACAUGAAUUGUUAUGGCUGACAUUAAUUAACUACAAUGAAUUGUAGGAAAUACUAUCUUUUAACUAGGGUUUAAAGUGUAGUUAAGCAUGUUUCUCAGUUAGGGAGUAUGCAUUCUUUGUCUUCUUGGGAAAAAAAACCCUUUUGGAUCAAGAAGGCAUGAAAGUGAUGUAGAAAUAUCACCAGAAGGGUCAGGGCAAAAGCCCUUUUUAAGUUAAAAAUACAUACAUAUGUUUAACAAAUCCAUUUUAUGGGGUGGGUUGGUUAUAAAAACAAAAAGUAAGGAAAAAAUGUAUCACAUCAGCAGUUGGCAAAGUAUUGCUACAUUCCAGAAGUUGCAGAAAUGGAUCUUAGCACACACACAUUUAUGGACUACAAAUCACCACAUUUAAUUUAAAGCAACUACGCAGAAGCUGUGGCCUUCAAAGCUUGGGUGCCUCUUCCAAAGUUGUACAUAUUAAUGGUAAAUUGAAGCAUUUACACACAAAAGGGUAAUGGGACAUGAGGUUCUGAAUUCAUUCAGGAUUAUUAGUAGGCUGACAUUGUUACACCUACAUUGAUCUGGAAGCCUUCAGAGUCAACACAAAACGUUAAAUUCUGUAAUAGUUUAAAGCAUUCCAUCUUGAGAUUACUAUGUUCUAAAUCUGUAUCUUUUUACAGCUUGGAUUCAUGUCUGAAAAAAAAUAUCCAUUGGUCUCUCAUCAGUCCUAAAACAAAACAUUCACACUUGGAGAGAAAUGCUGUUCUAUAAUAAAUUUUACUAUAAGUUGAUUGUUUAAAAGUUCUAUGGUUGUCAUGUGAAUAGGCAAAAUCCUAAUUAAAUAGCUGCAUUGUAGAAAAGUGGAAAAUGUACUAUCUCAUGAAAAGAAAUGGAUCUUAAAUAAGGAUUUGCAAAUUAAUGCUUAUUGAAGAAUAGUGGUUGUUUCUUAAAUUGUUUUUAGAAUACGUUAAGCUGAUUUUUAUCCAACAGGAAGAAGAGAAAAAAAAUCUAAGAUUCAAUUGUUUUGGCUUCGCACUUUGAUAGUAAAUGACAAUGAUGAUGGGUUAGUGUGCCUUAUCUCGAUUGUUUCAUAAAUUUUUAAAAUUUCUUUCCUAAAAAUAAUAAAAAAUAAUUGCUA